AAUAUAUGAUUUUCUUUUUGGCGCCUCCAACUAUGCUCAUACGUGGCACUCUCUGUUUGCUAUUAAUACUCCCAUUGAAAUCUUCAGCUCUGCAAAAGCUUAGCAGAUCGAGAGACUAAACAGACGGUGCGCGCUUCAAGGAUCCAUCUCCAAUUUUCUUGCUCUGUCUUCCCCUUCCCUCUUCCUUCUCUUCCUCAACUAACUAACUAACUUUGCUCCUCUCUCUAGCUCUCAACAUCUCCUCCCCCCUCUCCAUUUCACACAGCCAUGAACUCCACCACCACCCAAUUUGCAUUAUCACCAACACUCCUCCCUAAUUUCUCUCCCCCCUCCUCCUUCACUCACUCCUUAAACCCUAAAACCAAACCGAACCUCAAAUCCAAACCAAUCAAAUGCGUCCGCAACAGCGGUGGGGCUUUCAGUUCUAACUCUCCUCAUUGCAAACCUAGUACUAUUCAAAACCCUUGCGCCAUGACGUCGUCUUGCUUUAUGGAGGCUCCAGCGCCACCGUGUUUCACGGAGCCUCGACCGCCGCCGGUCGUUGCGGACAAAGUGAAACGACUGGUUUUGGAAUUUAAGGCCUUGCCGGAGCCGAUAGAUCGGGUGAAGAGGCUGUUACACUACGCGGCGAACCUGCCGCCGUGUAGUGAGUUGGCUAGGGCGCCGGAGAACCGGGUCCCGGGGUGCACGACGCAGGUGUGGCUGGCGGCAGAGGUGGACGAGCUGGGGCGGAUGAGGUUCUGUGCGGAUAGCGACUCGGAGAUAUCGAAAGGGUUCUGCUCGUGUUUGAUAUGGAUGCUCGACGGCGCAGAGCCGAGGGAGGUGUUGGAAAUAAGAGGGAAAGAUUUGGAGGACGUGAACGUGGGACUGUACGGCAAGGCCAAUUCCAGAGUGAACACGUGGCACAACGUGUUGUUGGCGAUGCAGAGGAAGACUCGGGAUUUGGUUUCGGCGGAGGAGUGAUCGGAGCGGCCGUCUGCCUUCUCUGGUUGUGAAUGAGGUCACCAGGACAGUAAAAGGGUUAAUUGAUUCGGUUGCCAGUAUCAAUAGUUGUUGAACGUGACAAACAUUGAUUUGGCCGGUUAGGUCACCGAUCGCGAUAUAUGAUGCCAGAUGAACGUUCAGUGCGUGAUUAGCUGGGUUUACCAAGAGUGAAGGAUGCUCCGGCAUCAUUAUUUGUGUAUUUGAGAGUUGAGACGCUCUAGGCUUCAUGCUUCUUUUUGGUCAUGAAUCCAGUUCCCGUCUUAGACUAGUCCUUCUGGCUUUGAAUUGGCUUGGUGCCGUCCUUGGUCAGCAAACAAUUGUUCUUCAACACUAAUUAGUACAGAUAUUGAUAGAAUGUCUUUGACGCCCUAGCUAUUUACGAUUUUCUUUUAGAUUAUGUGAUUAAGCUCUGCAAUGUACAGAGGGGAUGUGAUAAGUUCGUCGAUAUGACAGAUUCAAUUUGCUCUUCA